GUUGAACUUCCUUCAUCUCACAGCAUUUCCUAUUUUUUCUCAUCACCCAAAGUGAUCAACUCUUCUUCAGGACGAGUUUGGCAUGGAUCAAAAUUUGUAUCAAGCUGUGACUCAAGGGAAUGUCCAGAGAUUGAAAUCACUCGCCGAAAAAGAACCAAAACUCUUGCUAUCCAGGACUCCCCAUGAAAACAUGGCACUUCAUAUUGCUGCAAAACUAGGCCAUAAAGAGGUAGCUGACGAGAUCAUAAGCAGGGACAACACCCUUCUUUCAAUGCAAAAUAAAGAUGAUGACACCCCACUCCACAUUGCCGUGAGAACCACACACACAGAUGUUGCAUCCUUGCUCAUAAACUUUACAAAAAAUUACCCAGCUGGUAUUGAAUUGGGAGAGAAACCAUUCCGCCAGAUCAACAACAAAGGCAACACUGUCUUGCAUGAUGCGGUCAGCAGUAACAGCAUUCAGAUAGUAAAGGAGUUAUUGGAAGCUGAUCCAGAACUCAGGCAUACCCUUAACAAGAAGAAUGAAUCACCAUUGCAUAUCGCAGCUCUUAAAGGGCUUUCAGAGAUUGUAGAUGAGUUCUUGUUGAAGUUCGGCUGUGAAGUCCCUGCAGAAAAAUUGGAUACAGGAACACCUUUGCACCAGGCUGUGCUUGGUGGCCAUAUCAAGAUUGUGGAGAAGUUACUGGAGAGAAAUGCUGACCUCAUCGGCCAGUGUGAUGUGCAUGGAAAUACUGCUCUUCACUUUGCAGCGCAGAAGAAUUAUGUCAAUAUAGUGGGCCUAUUACUGAGGAAAAAUCUCACUCUUGCUUAUAGCAAGAAUGAAGAAAUAAAACCUCCCCUGCUUGUAGCCACAGCUUAUGGCUCCAAUGCAGCAAUCAAAGAAAUUUUAAAACAUUGCCCUGAUGCUUCAGAGCUGGUUGAUGAUAGAGGAAGGAAUGCUCUCCACAUUGCUGUUUAUAGCAGGACGGUUGGAUCACUCAAAUGCUUGUUGAACUCCAUUGAGUCUGAGGACAUCAUCAACAAACAGGAUGACGAUGGCAACACUCCACUUCAUCUUGCUGCGAAGCAAUCCCGGAUACAAUCCACUCUGUUACUAUUGAAUGACAAGAGAGUGAACCCAUACCUUAAGAACAAUGAGGGCCGCACCGCACGAAUGCUUGUAGAAAACCUUGAGAACAUGGAUGCCUAUGAGGUGUACAUUUGGAAGAAACUCAAGGACCGUGAAACAAAGAGAUUCAACAAAGAAAAGUUCCCUGAAACUAUGCAGAUGCAGUCCAGAUCAUUUCGAUGGAAAACAAAUCCUUCUGACAAGCAGUUUCAAAUCCAGUGCAACAACAUACACAUUGGUUGCUGCACUGAUAGCCACUGUUACAUUUGCAGCAACCUUCACAAUGCCAGGAGGCUACAACCAAACAACUGGCAAACCAUUGCUCGGAGAUCAUGCGUCAUUCAAGGUGUUCAUCAUCUCAAACACCAUUGCCAUGUGUAGCUCUCUUGUUGUCGUCUUCUGUUUCAUUUGGGCUUGGAAAGACCCAGUUCAGUUCAAGCUCAGGCAACUAACAUGGGGACACAGGCUUACCGUCGUCGCCUGCCUAGCAAUGCUUGUCGCAUUAACAA